AUAUACUUUGCGGUACAUUGUCGUAUCCCUGUUUCACCAAAUUAGUGUUCACUUCUUAAUUCAAAUAGUAUAUCUCAGUUUCCAAAACCUUUUGCGAAAUAGAUGCGGAUAUAUAAACUGAAGUGAAAAACAAGUGAGACAAUCAUAUGUAAGUGAAUACAAGUGACACCGACGUAAUCUGUGUAAUAAUGAAGCGAUUUUCAGUGUGGGUCCUUUUGGGCCUUACACUACUUUCCCUUGGAACGUGUGGUUUUCUUGUGAAAGCUGAAACACCAAGCGAGUACGAAUGCAGACCAUACAUCGAGAAGGCGAUUCAGGAUUUGAAAUCUGAAUCAGCCGAGGUACCCACGGAGGAUGCUAGCCAAGAAAGUCCGAUCGACGUUACCAGUCAGGAGGAACAAGAUAACACAGCUGCUGAGGAACUAAGUACCGAGGAAACGGACACUGCCGGGGACGAUGCAUCUGAAGAAAUUACUCCCUCGGAAGAGGUGCAGGAACAGUUGUUUGCUGGCGAAGACGAUGUCGACGCACCUGAUUCCGAGACGCUAAGUGACGAUACGGGCGAAGUCGAGCCAAACGCUAACUCUGAGGAAGAAGCAGUAUUAUCCGAGGAGCAGGACCAGGUUUUGGAUACGAAUGAUGCGGAUGAUGCAUCAGAAGAGAAGGAUGCCGUAGCUUCCGACGAAAACGAGGAAGGCGCAGAGCCCGCAGUGGCUUCUGAAGAAACAGCAGAUCAGGUAUUGGACGCAGACGAUGAAGACGACGAUGAAGAAGAAGAUAAAGAACAAAACCAGGAUUCUGAGGAUGAUACUGCCUCAGAAGAAUUUUCCCAGUCAGAAGCGCACACAGAAGACGAGAGUCAGGAGCAACCUAGUAGUUUCGAAGAACAGGACGACUCAAGUACAAAUAAUAUUGACAACGUGGACAAUGAAAGUAGCGAACGUGAAGAUGAAGUUGCAACAGAAAGUGAAGAGGACAGUGAGAAGCAAGAGGACGAUGUUGAUGACGACCAGGCAAUUGAUGACUCAGAUGAUGAUGACGGAGAGGAUCAAGAAGAUCUAGAAAGUAGUUUGAAUGAUGAUUUAAGUGAAGAAACUGGUUCUGAAGAAAGUUACGACGAUUAUGAAGAGGACAAUGAUGAAAAUGAAGCAAAAGAAGAACAAAUGGCACAGAACCUAGAGGACUCAGAGGAGGAUGUCGAUGACACCGAUUUGGAAGGAGUGGAGGCUCCUGAUAGCGUGGACGAAGAUAACAUGACCGACAAAUUAACCACUAGCGAUGAGAAUGAGAUUCCCUCCAGUGGAGAGGAGGAACAAAGUGCUGACAGUGUGGAAACUGAUGACGCUAACGCUGCUGAUUUAACAGAGAAAGCCGAAGACGAAGAUGAAGAUGAAGAAGAAGAAGAUGAUGAUGAUGAAGAUGUAGAUGAAGAAGUUAACGCAACAAGCGGUGAGGAGCAACAAGACUCUGAAACUGGUGCUGACGAUACUACAGAUUCUGAGGAAACUGUAGUCGAGAGCGAGGAACAAGUCGUAGCCAGUGAGGAAGAAACCACCGAAGAAGACACCGAAGAUGAAGUAGUCACGGAGGCAUCGGAGGAAACAUCGGAAGCGGCAACAGAAACAGUAGCCGAAGAGGAUUUUGUAAGCACCGAAAAUCUGGCUGAAUCGGAAGAGGAAUCCACGGAAAAGGAUGAACUAAAUGCUGAAGAGGCAGCUGUAGAGAAAGAACAUGCCACAACUUUAGGAGAAGUAGAAGAAGCCGAAGCCGAAACCGAUUCAGAAGAAACCGAAACUGACUCUAAGGAAGAGUCGUUCCCGGAGGAAGAUCUUCUAUUGGAGUACGAAAUUCCAACAAACCUUAGAGAUACAUCGCACGUCUACGAGUUGCUGAACAUCGACGACGAUGCAUCAGACAGAGAGAAAGCGCUGCAAGAAACUGCGGAAGUUAUUUUGCGUGAUCUUAAGCGUAUCUACGAUAGUUCAAUCAAGCCCCUAGAAACCCUGUACAAGUACCGCGACCUCAGCAACCGGCACUUUGGUGACCCGGAGAUAUUCUCGAAACCUCUUGUGUUAUUCAUGGGUCCGUGGAGCGGAGGCAAAUCAACAAUUUUAAACUAUCUGACUCACAAUGAAUACACACCUAAUUCCGUGCGAACAGGUGCUGAACCAUCCCCUGCGUACUUUAAUAUAUUGAUGCAUGGUGACGAGCCGGAGGUAUUGGAUGGCACACAGUUGGCAGCUGAUUGGACAUUUUCGGGAUUGCAAAAGUUCGGACAAGGCCUGCUAGACCGGCUCCGUGGUCAAAGGCUUCCCAAUAAGUUGCUAGAACGGGUUAAUAUUGUGGAAAUCCCAGGAAUUUUGGAAGUACGCAAACAGGUUUCCAAAUAUUUCCCAUUCAAUGAUGCCUGCCAGUGGUUUAUUGAUCGAGCCGAUAUCAUCUUUCUGGUGUAUGAUCCCUCGAAGCUGGAUGUUGGACCGGAAACCGAAGCAAUCCUCGAUCAGCUCAAGGGACGAGAAUAUCAGACACGAAUCCUGCUUAACAAGGCCGAUCAGGUGAAACCCGAGGAAUUGUUACGAGUUCAGAGUGCGUUAAUCUGGAAUAUCUCUCCGCUGAUGUCGUCUGCGCAACCUCCUGUAAUGUACACAGUAUCUCUGUGGUCCAAUCCUUUCGAAGUAGGUGCUCCUGUUCGUUUGUUGCAGGCGCAGGAACGAUCGCUUCUGCUCGACUUGGGGCAGGCAAUUGAUAAGAGAAUUGAAAACAAAAUCGCGAGUGCGCGCCGGUUUGCGGUUCGCGUACGCAAUCACGCAAAAAUGGUUGAUUGCUAUCUAACCACCUAUUACAAUCACAAGUCGCUGUUUGGCAACAAGAAACAAAUUUCAGAAAAGAUCAUUGCCAGCCCCCAGGACUAUCACAUCUACGAAGGCUUAUCAACGCUGACCAACAUCUCUCGAUACGAUCUGCCAGAUCCGGAAGUGUAUCGUGAUUUCUUCCACUUGAACCCACUGUACGAUUUCAAAAAGCUAUCGGAAACAUGUACCUAUUUCCGUGGCUGUCCCAUCAAUAAGCUUGACGUGGCCAUUGCUUACGAUCUACCCGAGCUCGUCGGCAAGUACAAGAAAAUGUCUGAAGCGGCCCUAGCAAAACUGCACGUGCUCACAUCAACGACCGAUUUCGGAAAAGGGAAAUCGAGUAGUUGAAGCUGAAGAGCACUAUUCGUACGAUCGAAUACAAAUGCAUUCAGUGCGUAAUGUUAAAGUAGUAGCGUAGAUUAUAUAUUUCCUUGCAAUACUUUGUUUUGAUUCGUUCCUCGUUUCUCGCUUUCUCAACCUUUUUGUUAGAAGCUAACGAAAAAGUGUAAUGUUCACCCUUUUAUUCUGAUUCGUGAAUGUUUUUGUUGGUAUUACCGUGAUGAACCGGGAUGCCCAUAACGAAAACAGUGUUUUCGAUGUUCCGUUCGAUUAAAUAUGUUUUCAAUAACAUUUCUGUUUAAAUUAUGUAAUACCGAACGCAAGAGAAAAGCGCCAACGGACCAACCGUUAUACAAAAUUAAGUUUGCCAAUGUGAUAGUGAAUACUCAGAUCUAAUGCAGACAUUGGAUACGGUUUUCAUCGAAUGAAUCGGAUGAGAUUUCUGUUUAUCGUGAAUUAUGAAAUCAACAAAAAUCAGUGUUCAAAUAAUCUGAGGAUCCGUUCCAGACUGAUUGAUCCGGGUGAAUGGAAGUAAUAAGAACACAUCUUAAUACAGGCAGUUCGAUCGCCAUAUCAUAAUCAUGUUACGUGUUGCAAUAAGAAAGAAAAACGUAACAAAUGCAAAGAAGGCAAAUAAAAUGAAUU